UUAAAUUUUAGUUUAUUUACGGAAUGGAGAGCAAGACUUCGCAGAAGAAGAGAAGUAAUCGCCGCAUUGACUUUACAAUGCCGGACGAGGAGUUUUUGAGAAGACAUCAUGCUGACGAAAGUCAGUGGCAGAAGUACAAUUUCAAUGAAAGGGCUAAAGAUAACACUUCAGUCUGGACCAAUAGCCAAUUGAACCAGUUUUCAAUGCAUCCUGAGGAAGGGCUGCAGGAAAAACUGGACUAUUUCAUCACUCCUUACAACACUAGCCUGAUCUACAAGAAAUUCAUGGAGUUCGAUGAGGAAGAGAAACAUAGAAAGAUGAUUAGAGUUGCAAAAAGAAACGUCUCAGAAGAAUGGCAGCUAAUUUCUGACUUUAUUCUAAAUCUUCGUCCAGAUGUGUUCAAAUAAAAGUUGUGAAAGCAUCAACAAGGGUUUGUUCUUAGAGCUCAAGCAGAGCCUGUACCACAUGCUUAUUCUGAAGAACAAGAAAAGGAAAAGUUUAAAGGGCUUGAGUGCCUCUAGGAGAAAACCAAUCACCAAUAUGGGGUUUAGCACCAAUACCGACUUGGAACUCCUCAAACACAGAACUGCACAAAGAUCUGGGAAUUUUAAGAAGAGUCUGAACAAACUUCCUUUUGGAUUGGAAAAAUCGGGAGAUGAUGUCUCAAAAAGGGUUAAGGAAAGCCAAGACUUGAAGAACAUGCUGUCAAUAAUGAACAACAGCAAUCGGAAGAAUAAAAGAGCUCAUAAGAAGAACAGGUCUCUGAUUGCUGAAAUGCUGGCUAAACAUUCUUCUAAGUUGAUCAAAUAAGAAUGGAAGAUCUAAAUCUAUGGUAAAGGGAUACAUUCAGAGUAGUAUCGAUAAGAGUGAGGAAAGUCCAAAAAGAUUCCAAAACAACCCGAAUCUUGCACAGACUUUUGAUUAUAGGAACGAUUCUACUGAAAAUAUGGGGCCUGGCUUCAUGAGCUCUUCACUUGGUAUUCAAAAGUACAGGCUUAAAUCCCUCAAACUGCAGUCACUAGGGUUAGCUGAGAAGUAUAAGAAGGAUAACCUUGAAAAUCCAAAGACCGAUUUAUCAUCAGAGAAAGAGAAAACAAUGAAAUCAGUUAUGGAGGAAUCAUUUUCUCUAAAACCAAUGAAUACUUUCGUCGCUCCAAAGGCUAAGAGUUUCCUAUCCAGCAGAGGAGACUCUCCUUGUGGGAGUAGAAACUUUCCUGAUCCAUCUCCCAUUAUUAAGAAGGUAAUCAUAAAGCCUAGAGCUGUGUCUAAGAACUAUGAGACAACUACUUAUUGGAAUGGAAAAGCCAGCAACCUCUCUCCAAUUAAGAAGUACUGUCCUAGGAAAGGAGUUUAUUCUGAGAAGAAAAUAAAGAGAAAGAAGAUGAAUAGGACAUUUACCAGGAUAUCUUACAAGAAAAACAACCUUGAUGCACAAAUACAGUCAUUUAUUUAGUGA